AUAAUAAUAAAAAUAAAUCUUUAAAAAAAAAAGACCACCAGGUUGGUCCCUGCUGCCAGUCUGACAGCUGUGGAAAUGGAGUCCAGAGUAAGAAAGUGGCUGCCAGGCGCCUGGCGUCCCUGGGCUUUCCUUCAUGUAAGCUCAGAGUCGGGUGGGAGAGCUCAGGGGCCUCAGGGGCCUCCAGCCCUGCUCCCACCAGCCCUCAUUUCUUUAGCAUAAUGCCUAGAGGUCCCGUGGGCCCAGAGCAAGGCCCUGUCCCCUGCCCCUGGCUGGGCUGGGGUUCCCCUGGGCAUACCACUGGCUAUGACCAGUGUCCCAGGUUGAGGAGGAGGUGACAUGAAGGACAGGGCUUGCUCUGCCCACUCCAUCCCUGGGUGGGUUUUGUUCUGGACACACCGGAUGUUCCCAAAGGCUUAAGUGAAUUUUCCUCUGUACCGUGAGAAUCACUCAGGCUUGCCAGGGACGUGUUGUACUGCUGGGCAGUUGGGCAGCAGCCCUGCUCUUGAGCUGUUUGAGCCUCUCCCAUCCACCCAGAGCCAGCAGGCAGAGUGAAGAGUGUGGCUGGUAAGAGGAACAAGUGUUCAGCCUGGCCGUGACCCAGCCCAGGCCUGGGGUUGGGGGGAGGGCAGGUGACCUCAGGCAGCCUCGUCUCUGGAGCAGUUAGCUCCGCCCCUCACCAAGCCCCCAGCACAUCUCAGACCCAGGAUGUACCUGCCCCACCCCAGACACCUGCGUAACCACUGAUAGCUGCUUAUGGGACAUGGAGCUGAGUUUGAGAAGGUCAGACUAUGCACAGGUGGCAGCAGGCAGAACCCCAAGCCCCAAAUGCUGUCACAUAACUCAGCUGCGUGGAGGGGUGGGGCUGGUUGUGUGUGCACAGGGGAGUAGGGGAUGUAGGAGGGGGAGGCGAGUAUGGGCCACAGCUUUGUUUUCAGACGUGAGCUCUCUUCAGCAGCCUCCCUGCCUGGCACUUAGUGGCUGUUCCCUCUGUGGUGAGUGGGCGAAUGAAUGAGUACAUGAGUGGCCAUGUGGCUGCCAGGCUCUGUGCUGCCGUUGGCUGCUUGGCGACAUGGAGCAAGCUGUUUGCUCCCCCAUGUGGACCCGAUGCAGACCCUGGACAUGGGCAGUGGAAAUUCAGGCUGUCCAGCGGGCAGAUAAGUUUCUCAAGACCCCUGCCCUUCUAGUCAGUAGGUUUGGGUUAAGAGUGGCUGUACAAGAAGGUGAGAGUACAUGGCAGGAAUGCAGGGACACUGCCAGCCCCUUGGUCCCAGGCUGGCUGGCACUGUUCUGCUCCAUUCUCUUUCAUCCUGACCUUGGGCAGGAACCCAUCCUGGGACUGCUUUCUGCCUCUGCACCUUCCAAGUGUGUCCUGUGCUCUUCUGGGGCUGACAGGUGGCCUCAGUGGAGCCCGACCUCAUCCAUCCCUCCCAGGCCCCUCACUGCCGGGCAUGGGGGACUGUCCCCUCCCUGCUGGGGGGGGGGGGGCGGGCUAUGACUUUGGUCUAGCUGGCUGCUCGGAAUACCGUGUCCUGUGAGCUGGAGGGCAGGGGCAGGGACGUGGGCUUCUGGGCUUAGCUGCAGGCAGAUGAAAGUUGAUCCAUUGGGGAAGGAGGUCAAUCCAGAGAAGUGACAGCACAUUGCAAGGUUCUGAGAGCGAGGCUUCCUCCCAGGGUUCGCAGGCCUGGAGGACUGCUGGGAACAGCCUCCCUACAAUGCUGCGACGGGCCCUGCCUUGCUUGCCCACAUUUCACAGACUUCACGUCGCUCCCUGGUGACCUUCCCUGCCUCAUCCCAUGGGCUGCUAAGCACAUUAACUUGGUUUUACCUCCCUCACAGCUGUGUUGGUGGCAGGUCCCCACCACAGACAGAAGCCAGGACCCACACUUCCCCUAGGGACAGCCCCACUUGUUCCUCUGGCCCAGAGCUGGGGGAGGGGUUGGGCCAAGCUGGGACAAUCCAUGGGGAAUGUUUUUAAUUCCAAAGGCAGUGACAUCUGGGGUGGAGGGGGCGGGCCUCGGUGCCUGGCUCUGUUUAUCCAGACGGGAGACUCUUGUCCUGGCAGGAUGGUGUGGCUGGGUGUCAAGGGAGAGGUGCCAUCACUUCCCUGGGUGCCCAAGGUAGCUAAGCUUUGCCCAUCCAGCAGACACGAAGCAGAAGCUCAGUGGGCUGCAGGGACUAGGAUUCACACUGCCCCUAUUGAAAGCGUAGUGGGGACAUCUGUCCUACACGAAUCCUCCUCCACCCUGUUCCCAGGCCACCCAUUUCAGGAAGGAAGGCGUGGGGAAGAGGAGGCAAAUCUGCCGUCUGCGAAGGAAGGUCCCGGCCGUGGGGAGGAAGGGGAGAUGAGCACCUCCAGGCAUGCCUCCAACUCCCCAUCUGCUAAGGCGUUUAUGUCACCAUGGAGACCAGUCGGCCAUUGUGUAUCCAAUCAGAGCUCGCCUCACCCAGACAAGUGUGGAGCCUUGGGUUCCUGAGGCAGACAAGCAGCGGGGCACUGGGAACAGGAUUUAUACCCUCCGCCUAGACACAUACACCCAACAGAGGGAGGGCACCCUGUUCCCCCGAGACUGCACCCUGUGGACUCGGCAGGAGGGCCCAGAGCCUUGAUCAGCUGGCAAGAAGCCGGUUCCGAAAGUAACCAGCCCAUGCCAAGUGCAAGCUGUGUAUCCGCAGUGCGUGGACAUGGUGAGCAGUUAGAAUGGCUCCUCACCAGCCAAUUACACAAUCAACGAGUAUACAUUGACUGGGGACAGACAGAGGAAUGCUGGGACCUAGCUGGGCUGGAUAGCGUUUUCCCUGUGGCGCCGAAGGCCCUGCCUCCUCCAGGAAGCCUUCCCUGAUUACCUCUGGUGAAACAUGUCUUCAAGCUGCUCUCAAGUCAUGGCAUUUCAUCCAUGCUGUCCUUAGGGCCUAAAAUUGAGGUUCUUCGGGGUGAGGAAGAUGCCAUGUAUGCCUGGAUAAGAUGCAUAGAUGCACGAUUGGUCUUUGGCCAGUGCAAGGAUGCCUCUCUACCUCCCGUGGAAGACUGAGUCCACCUCGUGUCUCUGGCAGCUCUGUCAGGUCCUGGCUUUGGAUUUGUCGCUGACUCCUUAGCCCCGGCCCAGUGCUGGCACAACCAGGCCCUCCUGUCACUGCCUCUUGAAUGAAACCAAUGGGAUAAAGACACAGAGCUGGAAAACUGGGCCAAGACUUUUCUGGAGCUUUGUGACAGCCAUGGUGAGUGAGCUGCACAAUCCCUCAAGAAGAGUUGGCACUCAGGUACCUGGGAGAAGCAGGUGAUGGACAGGUCAGGAGGGGGACACAAGUGUGUCCUUACCUCUCUCCUUCCCUCCCGGGGCACUGGCUCUGCUCCAGUCUCUCGGCCAUCUUUACCCAUGGUGGCUUUGGGCAGCUCUGUACAACGGGGGUCAUGAUGCCUAGGGGAGAGAUAGUGCUGCCCUGCAUGGAUGCCUGUUGCCCAGACCCUGGUUCUGGCCCACUGAGUCCCAGGUAGUCCCCAGAGUAGGAGAGUUCCACUUCCGCUGGGCAGAAAGCAAGACAGGACCAGACCCACCGCUCUGGGUCCUUGACGGGCAGGGACCUCCAACCGUGGUCCCGGCCACCCUGGCUUUGGGCCACGCAACUCCAGGGCUUCUUGAUGCUCACAGGGAAGCUGUGCCAUUCUCAGAUCCAACCAGGGGCUCAGAUGCAAAACCCAGAAUACUCUGACUCUGCAACAGCCCCGCAGGCACACUCCAGAUGCUGAGGGCUGGUCUCUGCCCCAGCCAGCUUUUCCUCUUCUGACUGAAUCCCAAGACCACCCCCCGCUCACCUCAGUGCACCUCAAUGGUGAGGGGACCUGUUGCCCCUGGCUGCAGCCGCAUGCCCCUGCUGGCCAGCUUCCUCCUCCCAGAGCCCCAGCUCUGCUACCUGUGCUGUGCAGGGCUCUGCAGCGCUCCAUGCCUCUGGAUCACGAAUGCCCUAGGCAGCCAGGGGUCAGCUCUUCCCUAAACAUUAUUGCUGAGAAAUGGCUCACUCUCACUCCUGGGUUAGGAUAGUCACUGACUUUGGGGAGUCAUGUCAAGACAGGUCACUGUCUUGUGUCCCAAGGUGCCCAGUGCUGACCAAGGGCAUCCUGUCUCGGUGAGAUGUACAGGGCAUGGGUAAAAGCAGCCGUGUGAAGAGAGUAUCCUACUGGAUGCCCAGAAGCUGUGGUCCCUGGCAUGUGCUUCUGUCUUAGGACACCCCAGAUGGCCUGAUCCCCCUCUCCCCACCCCCCAAGUGGGGAGGUGUGAGUGCCUGUACACAAGUGUCCUGUCACCAGAUUGGCUACCAGGGGGGCGCCUUGGCCAGAAGGCAACCUCCAGGACCCCCUUUGCUAUGGUGGCCAGACUGGCCACUGAAGGUCCCCUGUGGCCUGGCCCAAGCCUGCUUUGCUACAAGCCUCCAGGAAACAGUGUGGCAGUGAAGGAGUUAAUCAGGAUCUAGCAUGGAAGGGACUGGCUUGUGUUUGUCAGCUGCUUGUCAAACUUUAUUGAGUAAGGAACUGGAGGGAGGGCAGUGGGGUCGGGUCGUUGGUGGAGGAGUGCCUGCUCAGAGCCCCAGGGGGCUGGGGGUUUUUGGAGGGGCCUCUCCAGUGCAUCCCUUGAGUCACUUCCUCCGUGGGGGCGGGGCUCUCCCUUGCUGCCUGCCUCCGGUGGCUGGUGCUCGCAUUGGUGUCCCGAGAGCCUGCCUGGGACCUGCAGGGGGAACCGAGGCGGCACAGCUAGGCUCCUGGCUCCUAACACAGCAGUGCACUCAGGCACAGCCAGUGGUAGGCUUGGGGAGAGAGGGAGGGACUCAGAAGGGAGGAGGUACCCGCGAGGCUCUGAGCCCAGAAAGCUCCCUCUGGCUCCCAGAGCUGCCCAAGCCCGCUGGGAGCGGCCCCGUAACCGCGGGCCGCCGGCAUGACGGACGUCCUGCCUCAACCCGACUGCAGCCUACAAGCAGUGUGCGAGCCCCUGGAGCGCUGCUGCCUGGAUCCGCUGGACCAGUCGGCGAGCAAGCGGCCGCUCAACACCGGCGCCAGGCUCUGGGGUCGGGUGCGCAGCAGGCUGCUCCGUCACAAGUUGGACCCACAAACUGUUGAAACCAAGAACUGGCACACGGACGUGAUUGAGAUGAAUGGGAUCAAAGUGGAAUUCUCCAUGAAAUUCACCAGUCGGGACAUGAGCCUGAAGAGGACCCCGUCUAAGAAGCAGACCGGCGUCUUCGGGGUGAAGAUCAGUGUGGUGACUAAGCGGGAGCGCUCCAAGGUACCCUACAUCGUGCGGCAGUGCGUGGAGGAGGUGGAGAAGCGGGGCAUUGAGGAGGUGGGCAUCUACCGGAUAUCGGGGGUGGCCACGGACAUCCAGGCGCUGAAAGCUGUCUUCGAUGCUAAUAAUAAAGACAUCCUGCUGAUGCUGAGUGACAUGGACAUCAAUGCCAUCGCCGGCACCCUCAAGCUCUACUUCCGGGAGCUGCCCGAGCCCCUCCUCACGGACCGGCUUUACCCAGCCUUCAUGGAGGGCAUUGCCCUGUCAGACCCUGCUGCCAAGGAAAACUGUAUGAUGCACCUGCUCCGCUCCCUGCCCGACCCCAACCUCAUCACCUUCCUUUUCCUGCUGGAACACUUGAAAAGGGUUGCCGAGAAGGAGCCCAUCAACAAAAUGUCCCUUCACAACCUGGCUACUGUGUUUGGCCCCACGUUACUGAGACCCUCGGAAGUGGAGAGCAAAGCACACCUCACGUCGGCCGCAGACAUCUGGUCCCACGACGUCAUGGCCCAGGUCCAGGUCCUCCUCUACUACUUACAGCACCCCCCAAUCUCCUUCGCCGAGUUGAAGCGGAACACACUGUACUUCUCCACCGACGUGUAGCCUGAGGCAGGGCGGCCGGGGCCAAGGGGGCCCUACACAAACUUGAAAGACUACAAUAGGAAUCUCCCACGCCUGGACUUUUGGCUCCAGGGGAUGCCGUCUCCCAGGACCCGGACCCCAUGUGUCCUUUGUGCCACCUUGUACAAAGCCAGCUGCCCAGCCCCUGCCGCCCUCCAUCCCUCCAGUCGUGUCUAACGCUCCAUGCUGUUUGGGAUUGUUUGAUGUGUAUCUGUCAUGCAGAAAAGGUAGUGACCAACCGGUGUGGGCACAGACAGCCUGCUGUGUUCUUUCAUUUCCUGCAGCACUUUCCAUCUUCCUGAGUCUGGCACAGGGGCUGUGACUUUGCACGGUGUAGCUGCCGCCAGCUCCUCCCUCCAUCCUCUCCCAAGCCCAGCUGGGUCCGCAUGCAUGCACAGACCCCAUCUUUGCUCCAUCACCUUGAAGCAUCUGAAGAGGUCCCUGGCGGCAGUGGCCGUCGCCUGAGGCUGCCAUGGGCUGUCCCAAGCCUCUCCCUGCCCCGUGCAAGCACACCUGCUUUGCCUUGCUGCCUGUGCAAAUGUUAGACAAGGAGACAAACUCACACGGAUCCCCCAGCUUAGCGCAGGGGAGCAGACUUGAGGAAUUCUCCAUUUGCAGGGUUUGUCUUUUCUGUCUCCGGCCUGCUGGUAAGGAGACAUCUUUGACUGUUCCUUCUGCUUUUCAGUUCCUUUGCCCCUCGGUGUUUGGUUUCCCUUGAGUGUAGACUCAGACUGAGUGACUUGCUAUGCAGAGGAAUGGGGGGGGCGGGGCGGGGGAGCAGCUGAGGACAGACGGGGCAGGGAGGUGGCGGGGGCAGAGCAAGGCCAUGCAGCACUGGGGUCCCGAGUGUGGGGGACAAGCUCUCACGGAGCCCGGGUUCCCAGAGGCUGCCCAAUGUGGCCGGAGCAGGUAUUCACACACAGGCAGGCUUUUUCCGGGAGGCCAGCAGGUACCCUGUGUAUCUUGUGGUACUUUUGCCUUAGAUCUUACACGUUCUCCUUAGCCAAGCACUGCCAGGUGUGCUGCAGGCUUGGGCUCUGCCCCAGCUUUUCCAUGCAGCCCUGAGGGGGUACUCUGGGAAGCUUUGGAGGUUGAGGGAGGAGGAGAGGGAGUCCCAGGCAUUGCCCCUCUUGGGACAGGGAGCUACCAGAGAGCCUCACUCUGAUGCCCUAACUCCCAAGGUUGCGGGGAGACCAGCAGGUUCCAUUCCCAGCUUGGAACGCACUGCUCAGUAAUGGAAGUGCAGCUUCCCAUGCAGAAGUGUGGGCCAACUCAGCCUCAGCCUGGCUGCCUGCCUCUUCUGUGUGGCACAGAGCAAGUGCCACAGGCUCCCCUUGCAAAGUCAGAGAGAGGGGCUCCCUGGCCCUGCAGCUGCAGCGCCGGCUCCAAGGGAGGCAGCGCUCAUCCUGAUCCUGCUUGCACCCGCGGCCUUCGGUGCAACAGUACCCACCUUGUGCUGCCCGUUCUGUGUGCGUCAGAGUAAGAGGUGUCCAAAGGAGGAAAUGCUGACCACCAAGCGGCCAAGGAGCUCGACCAGCAGCCCUGCUCGUGACAGGUGACAAAGGAGUAAAAAUGCCGUGGGGACCCGAGGGCCCAUGCCUGGCCAGGCCCACCAUCUCUGCUGGAUGCCAGGGUGUUGGUGUGAGGCGGGGAAGGCUCUGGCUCACUUCCGACAGCAGAGUACCUCCCACCUCCCCAAAGCGAGGCGUGCUGGCUCCCCAGCAUCAGGUAACGACGCGAGAUGAGAAGGAAGCUCCUAUUUAUAGUUUGCCCCCAGAGGGGGAGGGUCAGGCACCCGGCCUGGACAAAGCUGCACCAAGGAAGUCCCGGGGGGCUCUCCCAAGGCAGGGCCCGUGCAGGGCAACAGGGAUCCUGGGUACACUGGCCUCGCUGGGCACUGGCCCAGGGCUGCCAGUUUUUGUCAAUGGAGGUAGGAUGGGACCCUUCAUUAAUAUUUGAGUUUAAUAAGUUGGUAAGGAUAUAUUUUUUUGUUUAUGUUCUGUUUCAACUUAUGUAGAUUAUAAAUUGAUGUAAACCAUGUGAAAGGAAAAUGUUAAUAAAAAAAAUGCAAAGCCCCAACAUUUGCACAAAACUCA